AAGAAGUAAAAAGCAAAGAAUAAAAUUAACAAAAUAGUAAAAAUCCGAGACGGUGGGUCCCACUUUUUGUAGGUACCGCGGCCGUCUCCUGCCGGUUUAAUUCAUUUUCUAUGGAAUCUAAUCGAAUUCUCCUAAAGAAGUAGUGUAAAAAUGAUGGAGCAGGGAGCUUUGUUGCGUUCUGCGUCUUCUUCUUCAAACACCUACUACCUCUCUUACCAAUCACGCCAAACGAGGAAGGAUCUUUCGUCUUUCAGGCCGGAAAAUAAGUUAAACCCUGGUCAAAUCCGGUUUAGCUCUCCGUGGUUUAAGCCGGUUGGUUCCGUGGCGGCGAAAUGCAAUACGUACACCUACGCGGCGAGUGGAGGCGGCGACGCGGAGGCUGAGCAUCCAGUGGACGACAAAGAGUUUGUGCGCUGGUUCCGUGAAGCUUGGCCUUAUCUGUGGGCCCACGGUGGCUGCACUUUCGUCGUUGUCAUCUCCGGCGAUAUACUCGCCGGCCCUUACUGUGAUCCCAUUUUAAAGGACAUAGCGUUUCUUCAUCAUCUUGGGAUAAGAUUCGUUCUAGUUCCAGGAACACAAGUGCAAAUCGACCAGCUCCUGUCUGAAAGAGGACGCGAGGCUACAUAUGUGGGACGUUACAGAGUAACCGACCCAGCAUCGUUGCAAGCUGCCACGGAAGCUGCGGGAGCUAUCUCAGUGAUGCUUGAGGCUAAACUAUCUCCUGGACCUUCCAUUUGCAAUAUCCGUAGGCAUGGUGAUAGUAGUCGUUUGCAUGAUAUUGGUGUCAGGGUUGAUACCGGCAACUUCUUCGCAGCAAAAAGGAGAGGCGUUGUUGAUGGUGUUGAUUUUGGAGCGACUGGUGAAGUGAAGAAGAUAGAUGUAGACCGGAUUUGUGAGAGGCUUGACGGUGGUUCUGUAGUCUUGUUGAGGAACUUGGGUCACUCUAGCUCCGGAGAAGUCUUAAACUGCAAUACCUAUGAAGUAGCUACAGCUUGUGCAUUAGCUAUAGGAGCAGAUAAGCUUAUUUGCAUAAUGGACGGUCCAAUUCUUGACGAGAGCGGACAUCUGAUUCGUUUCUUGACACUCCAAGAAGCAGAUAUGUUGGUGAGGAAACGGGCGCAACAAAGCGACAUUGCUGCUAACUAUGUAAAGGCUGUUGGUGAUGGAAGCAUGGCUUAUCAAGAACCUCCUGGUAACGGGAGAGCAGCGUUUUGGGGAAACGGGAACCACACUCCCAUCUUUCAGAACGGUGUUGGGUUUGACAUUGGGAGUGGGUUAGGGUCUGGUGAGCAAGGUUUUGCUAUCGGUGGUGAGGAGAGACUAAGCCGCCAAAACGGUUAUCUUUCCGAACUGGCUGCUGCUGCUUUUGUCUGCAGGGGUGGAGUCAAAAGAGUUCACUUGUUAGAUGGUACUAUAACUGGAGUUCUAUUGUUGGAACUUUUCAAAAGAGAUGGAAUGGGGACUAUGGUUGCUAGUGAUGUAUACGAAGGAACACGAGAUGCCAAAGUGGAUGAUCUUGCAGGAAUCAGACGUAUCAUCAAACCUUUGGAGGAAGGUGGGAUCUUGGUCCGCAGAACCGAUGAGGAGCUACUCCAAGCUUUGGACUCAUUCGUGGUUGUCGAAAGGGAAGGUCAAAUCAUCGCUUGUGCGGCUCUGUUCCCAUUCUUCCAAGACAAAUGCGGAGAAGUUGCAGCCAUCGCGGUUGCAUCAGACUGCCGCGGUCAAGGCCAAGGCGAUAAACUACUAGAUUACAUAGAGAAGAAAGCAUCCUCUCUCGGGUUAGACACGCUGUUUCUCCUCACAACGCGAACAGCAGACUGGUUCGUGAGACGCGGGUUCCAAGAAUGCGCAAUCGAGGUCAUACCAGAGACCAGAAGGCAAAGAAUCAACCUCUCUAGAAAAUCAAAGUACUACAUGAAGAGGCUACUACCUGAUAAGAGUGGCAUCUCAAUAUAACAAGAGAGGAGCAUCAUUCAUUAUUGUAAAUUAUUUAAAAAAAAAAACAAACUUUUAUUUCUAUUAUUCCAAAGCAACAGUGGCACCAACGGCUUUAAGCUUCUCCAUGAUCUUCUCAGCUUCUUCCUUGGUGACACCUGUCUUCACUACAACCGGAGCUUUCUCAACGAGAUCCUUAGCUUCUUUCAACCCCAGCUCCGUGAACGCUCUUAUCUCCUUGAUGACUUUAAUCUUGGAAGCGGAAUCGAACUUGUCAAGCUUCACAUCGAAAGCCGUUUUCUCGGCGGUUUUGGUCUCGGCGGAGGCGGAUGCGUCGGGGAGGUCUCCGGCGGGGGAGGAAACGGCGGAACCGUAGCGGUUGAGGCCGAGUUUGUGGCUGAAGAGGACUGAGUAGUCGUAGAGCUCGAUUCUGUUGAGGUUUAGCAAGUCGUCGGCGAUUCGCUCGAGGUUCUUCGUUCUAGCUUCAGGGGAAGAGACGGCGCAUAGGUGGCGAGUGGCGGAGGUGCGGUGGAGGAAGCUGAUGGAUCUCGAGAAGAGCCCGGAGAUCGGAGAUCGCAUUGUGGCCGGUGCUAGGGUUUUCUCUCCGUCCGUUUUGAUUUCAUUUCAUUUCAUUUGUUCGUUAAAAUCGUGUGGGCUGCGUGUGGCCCAUUUAACGAGGCCCAUUGAGAAAUCAACGUCAGCGAAUAUAAAAGGGGAUGCCCCAGAGCAAACCGAACCCAUUUGAAAGAACUGGAAAAACCUAUUUCAUUAAUCUAUCUUAUUAAAACUCAA